GACUCUUUCACAAGCGGCUGCAAAAACACAUAUUUAAAAGACACAAUUUGGAUGCACCUUUAAAAAAAAUAGAUGUAAGAAUUCAAAGAGUGCAUGCUUGUCUAGCAAAGCUAUGCAAUGCUAUUCAGAGGACCCCCGCAUGCCCCCUCCUCCUUCACAGCUGAGGCUCGGCGUCAUGCAGAGACCAUCAUUGUCUCUCUCACACUUUCUAACGAGCCAUUUCACAACAUCCACGCAGCAGAUCGCGCCACGCAGCUCCUCUCUCUCUCUCCUCGAGAUGGGCUUCUUCUGACACUUUGGAUUAAACGCACAGAUGUGGCCACUUUGGAGACUUUAAGACCCCCGCCCCCCAAUAAUGUGUCUUUACGAAUGGACUAAUAGUCGAACGCGAACGGCAGAAGUGAUUUGCGUGCCUCUGGAUGAGCCUCAACUCGGAGAAAGCACUACUUUUGUGGUAGGAUUUCCACGCAGAGCUCACCGGUGGUCGUGAUGUUCGCGCUGGUGGGAGACUUGUUCUUUUGGAUUACACAGAGGUCCGUUUAUUUUUAAGAGCGUGCGCCGGUUUCUGCAGGACUCCAUGCAAUCGCAAAGGCAGAGGAGUGAAGGGCGACCCCGAGCUGGAUGGAUGGUUAUGGGGGAAAGAGGCAGACCCUCGGCGCUUGACGUGUGCAGAGUCCUCGCCGUCUUUCUCUCACUCUUUCCUUCAGUGAGUCUGCAGUGCAAGAUCCUCAAGUGCAACUCGGAAUUUUGGGCCUCCACCGCCAACACCGGGCCCGAGGAAGAGUUUUGCACGGCGCUGCGUGCGUACAGCAGCUGCGUGCGACGCACCGCUCGUACGUGCAGAGGCGACUUGGCGUACCACUCGGCCCAGCAUGGCAUCGAGGAUCUCAUGAGCCAGCACAACUGCUCAAAAGAGGGACCCACGUCGCAACCCCGCGCCCGCACACCUCUGCCCCCUGCGCCCCCGCCGCCUGACAGCCAAGAGCGCUCAGACGGCCCCGAAGUGUGUCACUACGAGCGUAGUCUUCUACGCACCGCGGCGGCACCGAACUUCACCCACUGCGGCUUCUUUGGCGACCCUCACCUGCGGACGUUCGGGGAUGAAUUCCAGACAUGUAAGGUGGAGGGAGCCUGGCCGCUUAUUCACAACAAAUACCUGUCGGUGCAGGUGACCAACACCCCCGUGGUGCCAGGCUCUUCAGCGACUGCAACAAGCAAGCUGACAAUCAUCUUUAAGAACUUCCAGGAAUGCGUGGACCAGAAGACGUACCACGCCGAGACGGACGAACUCCCGCCGGCGUUCGCCGAUGGCUCAAAGAACGGCGGCGAGCGCCACGGCGCCAACGCCCUUCGCGUGGUGGAGAAGGCGCCCGGGCAGCACGUGGAGAUCCAGGCCCGCUACAUCGGGACCACCAUAGUGGUGCGCCAGGUGGGCCGCUACCUGACUUUCGCCGUGCGCAUGCCCGAGGAGGUGGUCAACUCGGUGGAGGAGGACGACAACCAGGACUUGUACUUGUGUCUGCACGGCUGUCCCGCCAACCAGCGCAUCCACUUGAAGAACGUGAGGGCUCAGAGCGCGGUUCGGACCAGAGGCUUCACCUACCAGAGCGCCAAGGCCAAGUGUAAGGAGCGUCUUCCCGUGGAGGACCUCUACUUCCAGUCCUGCGUCUUUGACCUGCUGUCCUCCGGGGACAUCAACUUCACCAUGGCCGCCUACUACGCCCUGGAGGACGUGAAGAUGCUGCACUCCAACAGCAAGCGCUACCACAUCUUCCAGAAGGACGCCUUCCCCAGUAACGCCGCGUCGGAGAGGCGGGGCAAAGACGCGGCGUCGCUGGUCUCCGUCCUCGCCGCCAUCCUCUUGUGGAUCGAGUGCUGCACCGCCGCUCCAACGCCACUUUAGGACGCCGUUUGUGGGAAAAGUCCACCUGGGAUGAUAUCACUGGAGACAAAUCUUGUCCACGGACUCGUGACAGGACAGGCUUUUUGGUUUCAUUUUCACUUUCAUUGGGAGAAAAGAAGCCUGAGCCAGGUCGCUUUCAGAUUUUGACUGUUGUGUGUUUUGUGCGGGCAGGAGCCACCGGGACUAAAACCUCCAACCACGGGAAGAGAACAUUGUGUUGUUGUUGUUUGUGACGUGAAUGUAGACAACAGGAGAAGACGCAAGAAAAACUUCAAAGGUUUACAGACUACAGCGCUUUUUUUAACAUGAGGGUGGUUACUCAACCGCAGAGAGUGCCAGGCGCUGCCUAAUACUUUUCACGAGUAACUGUUCACAACAAGAUUUUAUUAUAUGCAGUACUGUGCAACGAGCAGCUUUACUGAUGCCACGUCCCGCCUGCAGGCGUAGUAUAGUUUUAAAGAUGGCCGACAACGUCUAUAUCGCAGCCUCCUGCAGUAACAACACAGUGGAACCUAUAUUUACAAACUCAAUUGGUUCUUGAACAUGGUUCGUAAACAGAAAGGCUUGUAUAGUGAAGCAGUUUCCUAAGAAACAAUGUGAACAUGAAUAAUUAGUUCUAGCCUCGACACAAGUCCUUAUUUUACUAGGAGAAUGCACAAUUUGAAGGCACUAUAUACAGUAUGUAUGUAUAUAUAUACAGUGGGGCAAAAAAGUAUUUAGUCAGCCACCGAUUGUUCAGGUUCUCCCACUUAAAAUGAUGACAGAGCUCUGUAAUUUUCAUCAUAGAUACACUUCAACUGUGAGAGACAAAAUGUGAAAAAAAAAUCCAGGAAUUCACAUUGUAGGAAUUUUAAAGAAUUUAUUUGUAAAUUAUGGUAGAAAAUAAGUAUUUGGUCAACCAUUCAAAGCUCUCACUGAUGGAAGGAGGUUUCAGCUCAAAAUCUCACGAUACAUGGCCCCAUUCAUUCUUUCCUUAACACGGAUCAAUCGUCCGGUCCCCUUAGCAGAAAAACAGCCCCAAAGCAUGAUGUUUCCACCCCCAUGCUUCACAGUAGGUGUGGUGUUCUUGGGAUGCAACUCAGUAUUCUUCUUCCUCCAAACACGACGAGUUGAGUUUAUACCAAAAAGUUUUAUUUCGGUUUCAUCUGACCACAUGACAUUCUCCCAAUCCUCUGCUGUAUCAUCCAUGUAUCCAUUUUUGGUAUAUAUAUAUA